AUGUAGAAAUUAGAGAACUUUGGAGAUCUUUUCAAGCACAAUAAAGAACUCCUCGACGACGAUUACAACCAUGGAUAGGCUACAGUUCUCAAGACUAAAUCUAAGUCUAAUGAUGGAAGUUUUGAGAUUAGUUCGACCUUGAAAUAAAGCACUCAAAAUUAGCAUGGAGAAGCUAACGUUGGGCUUGAGAGUAAAUUGAAGUUUAUUCAAGGAGGUUAAACCUGGGAAUGCGCACUCAAGUAAGAUGGAAGCUGCUCUUGGGAUGGCAAAUCUGAUUUCCUCUAGAGAUACAUCAACAAUAAGGGACUCCAAGUAGUUUUUCACUCAACUAAUUAAGCUAUUCCAAGUUCUACUUUACCAACAUACAAAGUUGGCUUAGACUUUGUCAACGAUUAACUAAGAUUCAAAUUACUAGCAAAUGUUUAAAACUGGGCUUUAGAGCACAAUUUGACCUAUCAAGCAAGAUCAAACUUCGUCUUUGGUUACAAUUUAGCCCUUGACUCAAGAAGCUCUAAUCUUACAAAAUACGAUGCAGGCCUCUCAUGGGAAGCUACUCCAAAUGUACUUCUAGGUCUUAAGCAUGAGUCAACUUCUAAAGAUACCAUCAAACUCGGAAAAGUCUUACUUCAGUUACAUCAUGCUGCAACUGCCUCUCAAUCACUUGGAGCAGAAUUUGUUCUUGAUUAUCAUAAGAAAGUACUUGAGUCCAGAUUUGGUCUUUCUCACAAAAUUAACAAUGACAGCUCUGUCAAAUUCAAGGUAAACCAUCAUGGUUUCCUCGAUGCUGUAUUCAAGCACAAGCUCAGCUCCGCUGCUACCCUAAAUGUAGUUACUGGAUACAAUCUCAAGGCUGCUGUUCAUGAGAAGAAAGGCACAAAUCUUCCUUUCGGGCUCUGCCUUGACCUUAAAUUCUGA